AGUUUCAAACCGCUGCUAAAGCCCUAAACCCCAAAUCUUCUUCACUCCACUGUCUCAGACUCUCAGACACUCUCGCUGGUCACCAUAAACUCAGCUUCUUCAACAUGAGUUACGCGGCGUACAAGAUGAUGCACUGGCCAACAGGCAUCGAGCAUUGCGCGUCGGGGUUUAUCACUCAUUCCACGGCGGAUUUCACUCCGAGAAUCCCUCCAGUCGCCGCUGAUGACCUGGACUCGGAGUGGUCCACUUCCACGAAGCCCAUUGGCCCUGUUCCUAACCUCAUAACGGUCGCCGCCAACGUUCUUGAGGUGUACAUUGUCAGAAUUCAGGAAGAGUCUUCUUCGCUCACGGACUCCAAAGCUGCUGCGGAGCCCAAGCGCGGAGGUGUAUUGGCCGGGGUAUCUGGUGCCUCCCUUGAGCUCGUCUGUCAUUACAGGUUGCAUGGCAAUGUGGAGUCAUUGGGCAUAUUACCAAGUGGAGGUGUUGAUGGUGAUAGGAGGAGAGACUCAAUUAUAUUGACUUUUCGAGAUGCAAAAAUUUCAGUUUUGGAGUUUGAUGACUCGAUACAUGGAUUCCGCACCAGUUCAAUGCAUUGUUUUGAGGGCCCAGAUUGGCUGUACCUGAGAAGAGGCAGAGAGUGUUUUCCAAGAGGCCCACUAGUGAAAGUUGAUCCAUUGGGGAGGUGUGCUGGGGUUCUUGUUUAUGGCUUACAGAUGCUACUGCUCAAGGCAGCUGAGGCUAGUUCUGGUUUAGUUGGCGAGGAGAACACUUACAAUUCAGGAUCCACUGGUGCUUCUCGAAUUGAAUCAUCAUAUAAUGUUGCCUUCCGGGAUCUUGAUAUGAAGCAUGUUAAAGACUUUAUCUUUAUACAUGGUUACAUUGAGCCUGUUGUAGUAAUCCUGCAUGAACAGGAGCUUACAUGGGCCGGUCGUGUCUCAUGGAAGCAUCACACUUGUAUGAUUUCAGCACUCAGUAUCAGUACAACUCUAAAGCAGCAUCCGCUCAUAUGGUCGGCCACAAAUCUCCCUCAUGAUGCAUACAAGCUACUUGCAGUUCCAUCUCCCAUUGGUGGAGUUCUUGUAAUUGGUGCAAAUACGAUUCAUUAUCAUAGUCAGUCAACAUCAUGCCUCUUAGCGUUGAACAAUUUUGCUGUUCCGGUUGAUGGCAGUCAGGAGAUGCCUAGAUCUGGUUUCGCUACAGAGCUUGAUGCUGCCAAUGCAACAUGGUUAACAAACGACGUUGCUGUGUUUUCAGCAAAAUCCGGGGAACUGCUUCUGUUGACUCUUGUUUAUGAUGGCAGAAUUGUGCAGAGACUUGAACUUUCCAAGUCAAGAGCUUCAGUACUUACUUCGGAUAUUACAACUGUUGGAAACUCGUUAUUGUUCUUGGGAAGUCGUUUGGGUGAUAGUCUGCUUGUGCAAUACAAUUCUGGAGCAGGAGCUCCAACACUUGGUCCUGGCGUGAAGGAAGAGGUUGGAGAUAUAGAAAGUGACGCCCCUUUAGCAAAGAGGUUGAGGAUGUCUUCCUCUGAUGCAUUGCAGGAUUUAGUUACUGGGGAGGAGCUUUCUUUCUAUGGCACAGGUCCAAAUAAUCCUCAGUCGGCUCAGAAAACUUUCACAUUUGCAGUCCGAGAUUCGUUGCUCAAUGUUGGUCCACUGAAGGAUUUCUCUUAUGGUUUGAGAAUUAAUGCAGACCCUAAUGCAACUGGAGUCGCAAAGCAAAGUAAUUACGAAUUGGUGUGCUGUUCUGGUCACGGAAAGAAUGGUGCUCUUACUGUGCUUCAACAAUCAAUCCGCCCAGAAACAAUAACUCAAGAAUCAUUACCCGGUUGCAAAGGGAUUUGGACUGUCUAUCACAAGAACUCACGUAGUGAUUCCUCAAAAGGAGCUGCUGAUGAAGAUGAAUAUCACGCAUACUUGAUUAUUAGUUUGGAAAAUCGUACGAUGGUACUACAAACAGCUAAUAAUCUUGAGGAGGUAACGGAAAAUGUUGACUACUACGUCCAAGGAAGUACAAUUGCUGCAGGAAAUCUGUUUGGAAGACGCCGAGUUAUCCAAAUCUAUGCUCGUGGUGCUCGGAUCCUCGAUGGUGCUUUUAUGACUCAAGAAUUGGCCUUUAAAUCUUCCAAUUCAGAGGCAGGUGCAGGUUCUGAUGGGACAAUCGUGUCUUCAGUUUCUAUUGCUGAUCCUUAUGUGUUACUGAGAAUGGUCGAUGGAAGUAUUCAGCUGCUAGUUGGAGAUUCAUCAACAUGCUCAGUUUCUGUGACCAUCCCACCAGCAUUUGAAAGCUCAAACAAGCUGGUGUCGGCUUGUACUCUCUAUCAUGAUAAAGGGCCUGAACCAUGGCUCCGGAAAACAAGCACUGAUGCCUGGCUUUCUACGGGCACUGGGGAGGCUAUUGAUGGGGCUGACGGUAUGAUACAUGAUCAGGGAGAUGUAUACUGUGUUCUGUGCUAUGAAAAUGGGAAUCUUGAGAUGUUUGAUGUUCCUAAUUUUAGCAGUGUUUUCUCAGUGGAUAAAUUUGUAUCUGGAAAGAGCCACAUUUUAGAUGCAUUUUUCCACGGCCCAGCCAAUGAUCCUGUACAACUCAUGAAAAGAUACUCUGAUGAUGCUGUUGGACAUGGCAGGAAAGAGACCACCCAUGGUAUUAAAGUUGUUGAGUUGUCCAUGCAAAGGUGGGCACAGGAACAUAGCCGCCCCUUCCUAUUCGGGUUACUGUCUGAUGGGAGCAUUCUUUGUUAUCAUGCCUAUGUUUACGAAGUUCCAGAAAAUGCUUCCAAAGCUGAGGGUGUUGUUUCUUCUCAGAGCUCCCUUAAUCUUAGCAGUAUAAGUGCAUCUAGACUUAAAAAUUUACGGUUUGUCCGGGUCCUGUUGGACCCAUAUGCAAGAGAGGAGGCACCAUCAGGAACCUCAUCACAACGUAUCACUGUUUUCAAGAAUGUCAGUGGUUUACAAGGUUUAUUCCUCUCUGGGUCAAGGCCAGCUUGGUUCAUGAUGUUCAGGGAGCGGCUUCGGAUACAUCCACAGGUUUGUGAUGGACCCAUAGUUGCCUUCACCGUCCUUCACAAUGUGAACUGCAAUCAUGGGUUUAUAUAUAUAACUUCUGAGGGAGCUCUUAAAAUAUGUCAACUUCCAGCUUUGUCCUAUGACAACUAUUGGCCAGUACAGAAGAUAGCACUGAAGGGGACUCCACAUCAAGUGACCUAUUUUGCUGAGAAGAACUUGUACCCUCUCAUAGUAUCUGUUCCAGUGCUCAAGCCACUUAAUCAAGUCCUCUCAUCUCUGGUUGAUCAAGAAGCUGGAAAUCAAUUUGAGCAUGAUAAUUUGAGUUCAGAAGGGACAUAUCCUGUUGAAGAAUUUGAGGUUCGGAUUAUGGAACCAGAAAAAUCGAGUGGGCCCUGGCAAACCAGGGCUACAAUUCCCAUGCAAAGUUCUGAAAAUGCUCUAACUGUGCGAGUGGUUACGUUAUUUAACACCACAACACAAGGAAAUGAGACACUUUUGGCAAUUGGAACUGCUUAUGUUCAAGGAGAGGAUGUUGCAGCAAGAGGACGUGUACUCUUGUAUUCUGUUGAAAGGACCUCUGACAAUGUUCAAGCCAAGGUGUCAGAAGUCUACUCCAAGGAAUUGAAGGGUGCUAUAUCGGCUCUGGCAUCACUGCAAGGUCAUUUGUUAAUAGCUUCAGGUCCUAAGAUUAUUCUGCACAAGUGGACGGGCUCCGAGUUGAAUGGUGUUGCCUUCUAUGAUGUCCCACCUCUCUAUGUUGUGAGCUUAAACAUUGUUAAAAACUUCAUUCUUCUUGGCGACAUUCACAAAAGCAUUUACUUUCUUAGUUGGAAGGAACAGGUCUCUCAGCUUAAUUUAUUGGCAAAGGAUUUUGGCUCACUUGAUUGCUUAGCAACUGAAUUUUUGAUCGAUGGAAGCACACUCAGCCUCAUUGUUUCAGAUGAUCAAAAGAAUGUCCAGAUAUUCUACUAUGCUCCAAAGGUGUCGGAAAGCUGGAAAGGACAGAAACUUCUAUCAAGGGCUGAGUUUCAUGUUGGUGCCCAUAUCACCAAGUUCUUGCGAUUGCAGUUGCUUCCUACAUCUGCUGACCGGACCACUCCAGGCUCCGAUAAGACAAACCGCUUUGGUUUACUUUUUGGCACCCUUGAUGGCAGCAUUGGCUGUAUUGCACCUCUUGAUGAACUUAACUUUCGCCGACUUCAGUCGCUGCAGAGAAAGCUUGUGGAUGCUGUCCCUCAUGUUGCUGGACUGAAUCCAAGAUCCUUUCGGCACUUCCAUUCAAAUGGAAAGGCUCAUCGGCCUGGUCCUGACAGCAUUGUUGACUGUGAGCUGCUUUCCCAUUACGAGAUGCUCCCACUAGAACAGCAGCUUGAUAUUGCCAACCAAAUUGGAACAACACGAACGCAAAUCAUCUCCAACUUGAAUGACCUCACUCUUGGUACUAGCUUCUUAUGAGCAUUGCCCAUUCAAAUGCGAAGUGGUAGACUAGCACCGUUUGUCUCCACUGCUCUCUCAAAUUGCAGAAAGCAUGAACUCGUUACCAACAGUUUCUUCCCCAUUACGAUCCAGCAGUUAGUGAGACCCAGGUUCUCAUUCAGUAUUUGGAAAUGGAUGAGGUUGGUAUUUGAGAUCAGAGAUCUCCUGGCUAAAGCGGAGCUGCUCGUGCUGUCUGUAUAAAUUCAGAUUCUUUGCUUUUCAGUUGCCAUUGAUGUAAUCAUGUGAUUAUCAGUGUAAUGCAAACUCGAAAUUGUUGUAGUAUUUGAAUUUGAAAGGUAGAAAUUGCAUGGAGUCAUUCGACUAUUUGGGGAAUACAUGAAAAUUUAAAUGAUCAUUAAGGUGGAGGAUUCACAGUCAA